AGCAAAUGUUUAGGCUCCGGGGGCCGCCGCACCGCUGGUGGUGCCCGGUGGGGGCCAGCCUCUUGGGGGGGGGCUCGGGGCCGGUGUGCCCCCCCCCCCCCCGGUCCUGCCCCCUGUUUUUCCGCUUCGUUAAUGAUUUAUCCUCCUUGACGGACUUUGGCAGCCCGGGAAGGCGGCAGCUGGGCCCCCGAGGUGCUGCGGAGCUGGGGAGCCCCCGGGAGCCGUGUCCCAGCCCUCGGCACGCGGCUGCGCAUCCCCCAGCACCAUGACCCGCAUCGCAAACCUGCGGGGCUGCUGCCUGCUCGCGCUGCUCUGCCUCCUCCCGGCCCCGCGGGCACGGGCCGGCGGCGAUGCCGCGGCCCCGCCGGCGCUCUCGGCGGCCUCCUUCCUGCAGGACCUCCUGCGGCGCUACGGCGAGAGCGAAACCCUGAGCCUGAAGCAGCUCAAGGCCCUGCUGAACCGCCUGGACGUGGGAGUGGGGCAUGCCAACGCCUCCCAGCCGCCGCAGCAGCGCGCCAACCUCUCCCGGUGCUUCAGCUCCGUGGAGCUUUUCGCCAUCCACAACCUGAGCGAGGGCUCCGCCGUGGGGCGCGGCGAGUUCAAGGAGUUCUGCCCCACCAUCCUGCAGCAGCUGGAGUCGGGGGCGUGCGCCGCGGAGAACCUGGAGAACGAGGAGAAUGAGCAGACGGAGGAGAGCAGGCCCAGCUCGGCCGAAGUCUGGGGUUACGGUUUCCUCUGCGUCACCGUCAUCUCCCUCUGCUCGCUGGUGGGAGCCAGCGUGGUGCCCUUCAUGAAGAAGACCUUUUACAAGCGGCUGCUCCUCUACUUCAUAGCUCUGGCGAUUGGAACUCUCUACUCCAACGCCCUCUUCCAGCUCAUUCCCGAGGCCUUUGGCUUCAACCCUCAAGAAGAUUACUACGUUUCCAAAUCCGCCGUGGUGUUCGGGGGCUUCUACCUCUUCUUCUUCACCGAGAAGAUCCUGAAGAUGCUCCUGAAGCAGAAGGACCAGCACCACCACGGGCACAGCCACUACAGCCCCGAGGCGCUGCCGUCCAAGAAGGACCAGGAGGAGGGGGUCACGGAGAAGCUGCAGAACGGGGACCUGGACCACAUGAUCCCGCACAUCGCCAGCGAGCUGGAGUGCAAGAGCCCCCCCGGGGACGAGAAGGUCGUCGUGGGCUCCCUGUCUGUCCAGGACCUGCAGGCGUCCCAGAGCGCGUGCUACUGGCUGAAGGAGGUGCGGUACUCCGACAUCGGCACGCUGGCGUGGAUGAUCACCCUGAGCGACGGCCUCCACAACUUCAUCGACGGGCUGGCCAUCGGCGCCUCCUUCACCGUCUCCGUCUUCCAAGGGAUCAGCACCUCCGUGGCCAUCCUCUGCGAGGAGUUCCCGCACGAGCUGGGGGACUUCGUCAUCCUGCUGAACGCCGGGAUGACCAUCCGCCAGGCGCUCUUCUUCAACUUCAUCUCGGCCUGCUGCUGCUACGUGGGCUUGGCCUUCGGCAUCGUGGCCGGCAGCCACUUCUCUGCCAACUGGAUCUUCGCUCUGGCCGGAGGGAUGUUCCUCUACAUCGCGCUGGCUGACAUGUUCCCCGAAAUGAACGAGGUGAGCCGGGAGGACGAGCAGAACGGCAGCACCUUGAUCGCCUUCGCCAUCCAGAACGCGGGGCUGCUGACGGGCUUCACCAUCAUGGUGCUGCUCACCAUGUACUCUGGCCAGAUCCAGAUCGGGUAGGACCAGCCCAUCCGGAGGCCUGUGCCAGUUUUCCCCCUUCUAUUUUUAUUUUUUUUUUUUGGGGGGUGGGGAGGGGUUUUUUUUUUGUUUUUUUUCUUUUCCUGCUGCAAGCAUACGACAGUACCUGUGCGGGCACGACACACUACAGAAGAGGCAUUGCUUUCAAAGCUAUUCCACAGACUUCAUACUAUUUCGACUCGAGGCUGAGCGGGGCUACGUCCCCUUCGCCGUAGGACCGAACUGACCAGAGGAUCUCCUUCCCGUGCCACAUCCCUCCUCUCCUCGCAUCUCCCGGGAAGGAUGGAUUUGGAGACAGGAGCUCCUCCAGCUGUGUUGCUCCCCUCCUUGUUCUCGGAGCGGUGUGAUGGGACAAAAUGCUCUCAUGACCCUUUUUUUGCAAGGGGGUGUGAUGGGGCUGCGGGGACAGGGCUAGCGCUGGACGCCAGCUGCCUCCUGCUCACCUACCAAGGGAUGGAUGCGCCGGGGGCGACGAGUGCCACCAUGCAUGGAAGGGGAACGGCUUGCAGGCAUCGCACGGGGAGCUGGUGUUUCUCUCCUGCCUUCGGGAGCACAAGGAGACCACGACAAACCUGGCUGCUUCUCGGGGAGCUCCGUACUGACAGGUCCUCAGCUCCGCUCUCUGAGCACAGAGCCCAGGACAAGGGGGAGCUGAUGGGGCUCGGGGGGCAUGGCUCACAGUUUGAGCAACGUCCUCGCCGUCUUCAGAAACACGUCUCUGCGGCUGUUCCUGCUCCUCCUGCGAUGGAUGAGGAGGAUGAAGAGGUUUUAAGCACAUUGUGGGUGUCAGCGCUCGGAGCAGAGGACACCAAACCUCACCCCGUGCGGGUCGGGCUCACAGACACGGGCUGCGUCGGGAGAAGGCUGGCAGGACGCCGUUACCUCUUCGAGGCUCCCUGCUGCUAUAAGGAAAAAAAAAAAUCCAUUUUGAGGACAGCAAUGCUGGCAAGAAGGGCACAAGAGCAGGGACGGCGAGCCCUUAGCCUGGCCACAAGCUGCCCAGCCAGGGAAGAAGCGGUCCUUGCACUGUGACCAAGCUCAUGCAGACACCUGGGCACGGACACCCAUUUUUAAACGCUGCUGCUGCCGAGGUGCAGAGGUUCUGGGUGGGGAGGGGGGUGGUGUCGUUGUUGUUUUUUUUUUUAAAAAAAAGGAAAAAAAAAAAGAGACUGUGAACCUCUUUAGGUUGCGUGUUUCCAGCUUUCGGGAGUAGCCAGAGAAGGGUGUUACAGGCACUUCCCAGCUCUGCUUCUGGGCUGGCUUUCCCCAGAUUCACUAGGUGAAUUGACUUAUUAUCAUAUUGAUAAUGUUGCCCACCCAACCUGUGUUGCUUGAGGUUCCCUGCACCCCUCUUUCCCCUCUGCUUCCCCCAAACCUCGUCCUGCACCCGGCAGCGUUGAGUUUGUGGCCACGCUGGCACCCGGGAGCCGAUGCGGGCAGCUUACCCUCGUGGGUAUGGCGUUGGAUCGGGAUGCCAGAGUGGUGCUGGUGGCAUUGAGUGGUGCUUUGGUGCACACAUCGUCACCUUCCCUUCCACCCCUGGUGGAAGACAAAAUGGGGGGGGUGCCAGGUAUUUUGGCUGCCUGCCUGCCCACCCCAAGGGAGACGAGCCACCUCGGCCCUCGUGAACGCAGGCAGAGCCCGCGGCAGGCUCAGCACCAUCCGGCAGCAUCAUGACCUGGUUUGGUCACUGGCUAAUUAGUUCCUAAUUGCCUCAGGUAAAAGCUGGGUGACGUUCCUGUUGUGCUCCUAAUAGUUGUCACCGAGUCCCAAGGUCUCUGCCGGUACCCUCGUGGACCAGCACCUCUGCUCUCGGUGGCUUCGGCUAGGCCAGUCGUUGACUGUGGGCUUCAUCCUGCAUCCCGAAGGUUAAAUAGCUGCACGCACAGGAGCAGGGAGCCUUUUUGGCAUCCAGAGGCACCUCGAGGUGUUGUGGGUGCUGCGAGACACCGCGAUCACCAAGAGUUGUCCCGUGUGGCAGCUUCCCAGGCCGAAUUCUGGGCUGCAAUUCAGAAAUAAAGCUCCGAUACUGAUACUGGAAGGGAUGGCUUCUGCCUUUUCCCUGCUGAGAGAGCUGCAGCCUCGUCUGACAGAUGAUGUGGAAGAAUUGGAUUUUGUGAGGGACGGCGUGCGCGCUGCCUGCCCUCUCCCAAGGAAGCAUUUGGGACACGCCGUGUGUGGGGCUGGCGGCCUUCCACGGGGCAGAGGGCAGCGCGAGCACUGCCAGGGCUAAGUCACGUCUGGCAGAAGGGGUUCAGCGGUGUGCACAGAUGGAAAAGCCUUUGGGCUGGGGGCGAGGGAGGAAUAUCCUUUGGCUGCCCCUCGGGGACCACGACACGCUCGCAGGCUGUGGCUAGGAGGUCCUCUGCGUCCUAGAGAGCAGAAAAUGGGGUAAAAACCAGCACCGGCUGGUCCAGGCCCUCAACACCCCGUGGAGAUGGUGAAUCCGUGUUCUUGUUUCAAGUUAACCCUGUUUUUUUGCCAGCUGAAGUGACCACAAGAAAUCUGCAACGCAGAGAGUCGGGGGGGAAAGCCCCUCGGAGGAACAAGGCUCCUCGCAGAGCGACCCAUGUGCUCGCAAAAAGGGUUCUCAAAAAGGGUUGCUGUGGGGUUUGUGGGGCAGGAGACCCUCCUCUCACCUAACGUCUGGUGGGAGAGGACUCCAGCUUCAGGCAGGUUGGCACCAGGUCAGGGAUGGGAGAUCGAGGAGGGAAAGUGACCGAAAUCGAGCUUGUAUGUUUGUUUUUUUUUUUUUAAUCCUUUCUGUGUCUGUUUAGAAGCUCAAGUUCCAUCUCAGUAUUUUAAUAACUCAGGUGUUGUAAGAAAUACUUGUCGAAACAAAGAGCAUAACUUAUGUCACGUGGAUUGUAAAGGUAUUUGUAAAAUUCCAUAAAUAAAAUAUAUUCUGUAA